AUGAACGAAAGCGUCCAAGAUGCAGCGACGGGUGCUCCACUUGCCGCACAUUUUGCAACUAAGCGACGCUUAAUGGCCACUGUCAAACAAAUGGAAGAGAGAGGCGAGAAGAUAGAGGAAGCCACACCCGAAGAAGUUCUUGAAGCGGUGAGUAAGGCAGCGGAAACCGUGUUUAAGUUUGAUUUUACAAUUGAAGAUGGUACGACGAGCGUCAGUAAACGGAAUCGAAAGCGCAGUAUGAAGCGACGAGGCAAGAAAAAGAAAAAUGGUGCAGAAGAUGGAGACAGUAUGGCUACGCUGACAAAGUCACCACCACGAUCGGGAAGUACAAAGCAAUGCAGUCAACAGGCACCGAAGCAAUCGUCAAUAGAUGAGCCCAAUAGCAAAAUAAGACAAUCAUCCUCGAUUGUAAGGCUCCGUAAAGCAACAAGUACUGACUCUGAAAUGACUAAGAUGCAUCUACGCUACGGCCAAGGUCGUCGCAAUCUUGCAGCAAUAAAGCAACGCGAACAGCGCAAGAAGGCCGCAAUAGAAAAUCACUCGUUCAAAGAAACAGUGAGCAGUACUUUCAAGUUUAAUUUCGUUGCCACAUCGUAG